AUGAAGGUGUCAUGCUCAUCGGAAGAUGAUGAUGAUGAAAACAGAAAGCUUUCUUCUAGAAAAGGAAAAGAGAAAAAUGAAGAAUGAGAAAUUCAGAGCACUGCACUACCGGACGCACUAAAACCGGAUCUUGCAGUUAGGGUUCAAGAAUCACUAAAACGACAAACAGAACAGGCAAGGAGGACACAAAAGAGUGUGGAUGUAGGAGACGAGGCAUGGUAUCGCCAAUAUUUAAAGGGGGAGAAGUGGUUGCCGGGCACUGUCACUGACUCAGUAGGGCCAAGCGAUUUUAAGGUUCUGGAUGGUAGGGGUAAAGAGGUGUAUAGGCAUAUCGACCAGAUAAGACAUAGGUCCCUUACAAGCCAGUACCAUUACAACACCGGAAGGGAUCCAGUCGGAGCGGUCGCCUUACGUCUCGCUGACACCGCUGCUAAGUUGUCCGUCGGUUGA